AGUCUGCGCAGGCGGUUAAGGGGGCAUCGCUAAAGUUCGGGAUUGUCAGGAAGCGCAGAAAGAGAGGCUUCUGAUUGUUUUUGUUCAGGGGAGUAAGUGGUGCCUCACGAUGAGCGGACACUCACCGGCGCCGUGUGCAGAGCAAUGAGUGCGGGUCCUGGAGUGGACACAGUGGAUGAACCGUUCAGAAAGAGGAUCCGGAGAGAAGAAUCACUGGGAGUUACCAAAGAGUCUGAGAGAGAGAGGGGCUCCCCGGGAAGCCGGGGCCCCAGCAGCACCGUGGGGAACAGAGUUUUUAAACAGAGGACCCUCCAUUCUUGGUUGGGACAUAAAGGAAGAAGAACGGACGAGAUUAAAAGGUUUCAUAGUAAACACAGUCACGGCCAUAUAACCAGCAAGAUGAGCUCAGAAGGAAAGACCAGUGUAUGUGAAGAAGACAAGAAUCAAUUGGAGGUAGUUGCCUCUUCGGGAACUCAGGAUAAAGAUCACAACUUAAACCAUCCCCAAGAGGAUAAUAUAAAUAAGUCUUCAUCCAAUGACAAUGAUUUGAUCACCUGUGAAGAAAAUAACACAACUAUGACAAAUAUGUCUCCAAUUGAUCUGACUAACAGCCCCACACCUCCUAUCUGUAGAAGUCCAGGUGAAGAGGAAGAAAAUGACUUGGAAGACCAAAAAUUAUUUCUAAAUGAGCCGGUGUCAGGUCUAGGAGAAAGGGAGAGUGAACCGGAGACACAGAUGGAAGUGGAUGAGGACAACUUGGCUGAAAUGGAGUCAAAGAAGGAUAUCGCAAAGCCCGAUAUGAGCCUUGUGUUGGGAGAAAAAGAACAAGGGAGCUGCAGAGCGAGCAAUGAAUACCCUUCCGCUGAGCCACCGAGUGCUGCCGGCUAUGAUCCCUCAGUGUCCCAUGAACCUAAAGUAAAAAGUAACGCUAAACAAAGAUUAGCUACGAUGGCCACCCAUCUUACCCGUGUAAAUAAGGCUGACGAUGGAAGCAAGACAACCUGGCUGGGGACACCACUGGCAGAACUAAACCGGAUGCCAGUGUGUCAAAUGCGAGAGCAGCCACUGAAGCCUUUUCCACAUCACACAGUUACUGUAAAGUUUGAUAAGUUACAAGAGAAAGUGGUGCCCUUACCCCAUCCCUCUAAUUUUGUUGACAAAUGGGACAACACGUAUGUGAAAAUGCCCUGCUCACAUAUGAAUCUUUAUCCGGUAGACGAUGAGAAUGGAGGGAAGAUGUCUGGGAGUCGAUGGCAGUUGAUAAAGAGCUCUCUGAGUAGGACAAGAAACCCACAUGAACUUAAGGAGGCAAUUCUGUCAUACAAUCUGUCAUAUGCCAAGAAAUGGGACUUCACAGCGUUAAUUAACUUUUGCAUAAAGGCUCUUGAUGAUGAGGAGCGUACGCAUCUUUUCAGAUCGAUUCUUCCUGAUAUGGUUUCAUUGGCUCUUAAGCUUCCUAAACUCUGUACACAGCCCAUUCCACUGCUGAAGAAAAGAAUGAAUCACUCAAUCACUAUGUCACAGGAACAGAUAUCUUGUCUGCUAGCCAAUGCUUUCUUCUGCACCUUCCCACGCAGAAAUGCCAAAAAGUCAGAGUACUCAACUUACCCAGACAUCAACUUCAACAGAUUAUUUGAAGGCAAAAAUCCGAGGAAAGCUGAAAAGCUGAAAACAUUGUUCUGCUAUUUCAGAAGAGUUACAGAAAAACGGCCCACCGGUUUGGUAACUUUUACACGGCAGUGCAUUGAGCGGUUUCCAGAAUGGGAGAAAUCAACAAAAAAGCUGAGAAAGCUCCAUAUAACAUGCGAGGGUACAAUUGAGGGUAAUGGACAUGGAAUGCUGCAGGUGGACUUUGCUAAUCGUUAUGUUGGUGGAGGUGUGACUAGCUCAGGUCUUGUACAGGAAGAGAUCCGGUUUAUUAUUAAUCCCGAACUGAUAGCAUCACGCCUCUUUACAGAGGAAUUGGAUCCCAAUGAGUGCCUUAUUGUAACAGGUGCAGAGCAGUACAGUGAGUACAAAGGUUAUGCUGAAACUUACAAAUGGGAUCGUGCUCAUGAAGAUGAAGCUCCACGAGACAAUUGGCAGAGACGCACAACAGAAAUCGUGGCAAUUGAUGCUUUCCACUUCCGAAGUUAUAUUGAUCAGUUUACCCCAGACAAGAUCAAAAGAGAGUUAAACAAGGCUUAUUGUGGUUUUUUCAGAGACGGAAUCCCACCAGAGAAUAUUUCGGCAGUCGCGACAGGAAACUGGGGCUGUGGAGCUUUUGGUGGAGAUAAUAGAUUAAAAGCCUUAAUUCAGCUUCUGGCAGCUGCAGAGACUGGACGAGAUGUUGUCUACUUCACUUUCGGUGACAAGGAGUUAAUGCACGAGGUUCACAAAAUGCACAGCUUCCUUGUUGAGAACAAUAAAACCGUUGGUGACAUUUACAAGCUGCUGCAUAACUAUUACAUAGAAGUAUGCAAGAACUGCUUUACGCCAAGACCAGAGACAAAGCUGUAUACAUUUAUUUACAACACCUUGCAAUCCUGAGAUAUGGUGGCAAAAGACUCUUUCAGCAAAAUCAUUGCUUUGCUCUCUUCCACUACAAUAACCUGUUUGAACUGCUGGGUGUAAUAUACGGACUAGUAUAACCAGUGUAUAUAACAACGCAAUUUUAGUCUUCUGUGCUUUUUGACACAAAAUCCUUUUAGGGCUGUGUUUCUAUUUGUUAAGUUUUUAAGACGUGUUAUGCUUGAUUGGAAGAUUUAUUCCAUUGAUUUUUCUUAUUUGAAAUUUCAUAAUUAUUUUAUUAGAUUCUUACAAUACAUUAUUGUGCUAUGCCAACCACUGGAUGUCCAUAUUAUAUGUGUGAUUGUAGAAACUGACACUGCUUCAUCCAUUUGAUAAUGCUACAGUGGGUUAAGAUCUGGGUUUUCUAGUCCUGAACGGACGGUUUAAGGAUGGCAGCUGUGUGUUUUAACCACUCCCCAAAUCUUUGUUGGCUGCUAAUAUCGUGGGAGUGGUACCUCACCAGUAGUGCCUCAGGACUUCUUCCUUUCUGUACAAUCUUCUGGAUAGACCGGUGCAGCACUACAGUGCACAUGGCUAACCUCUCAAGUGCAAGAAUUUACAACAUUCACCUGGGAAGCAAAUUACGGUUGGAACUGCACAUGUUGUUGAGUUUAAUGAAAACAGAAUAUUGCAGUUGAUUCCAAGUAAUCAGUCUUGACAAUUAAUAAAACAUAAGAA